CGAUCGCGGGAACAUAUUCAGUGAGAGAACAGCGCUCUCAGUCGGGUCUGGAUGAUGCGGAAACCGUAUAUGUAAACAUGGGUUUCGACACGGAAAAAUUUGUCAAUGGGAUAACUGAUGAUAAAAAGUGUGCGCUGUGUCAUGGAGUUUUAGACAAUCCUGUCCGUGCACCUUGCCAACAUGUGUUUUGUUCUGGGUGCAUCCUUCCUUGGGUGGUGCGGCAUGGGAGCUGCCCCCCCAAGUGUCAGACCCUCACCCCAGGGGACCUGGAAAACGUGCUGCCGCUGAGGCAGGUGAUUCUACACCUUAGGGUCAAGUGUGACUUCACGGAGCGGGGAUGUACUGAGAUAUUAAGAUUGACAGAUUUGGUUGACCAUACCCAGGAAUGUCAACACCGACCCGUCUGCUGCAGUAACCCCGGGUGCGGGGUAGUGGUCAGUCUCAAGGACCUGUCGGACCACGAGCAGACCAUGUGUCAGUAUAGACCCGUGGGGGUGUGUCAGAUUGGGUGUGGUCUCGUCCUUUUCCAAAACACGUCGGAAGAACAUGAUUGUGUUGGGGCGCUGAAGAAUCACAUCAACAAUCAAAAUCUGAAAGUUGGUGGUUUGGAACAAGAGUUAAAAAGGAUCUCGUUUAAAUUUACGAAGAGGGAAAAGGCUCUUUUGACACAAGUGUCGAGCUUACACAGUGAAAUCCAGCUCCAAGCUCUCCGCUUCCAAAGGAAACUAAAUGAUUACAAAAAUCAGCUUGCUAGAAUGACGAAACUCGAGCAAGAAACAACCAAGGGCUCGACGGAGGACACAGGCUUCACUGUUACCCUGGGACGUGACGGAGAAGCAUCGCUUGGAUUCAACAUAAUGGGAGGCUUCACACCUGAGAACAACAACAACCAGACAGUGUCGGACGGAAUCGUUGUUUCUCGAGUCACAGAAAAUGGACCUGCAGAUAAUAAUGGCUUGAAGACCUAUGACAGAAUUAUUAAGGUUAAUGGACAGGAUCUGUCACAGUCAAGUCAUGAGGAGGCGGUAGAAGCAUUCCGCACGGCCAAGGAACCCAUCGUGGUGGAGGUUUUACGUAGGGUUAAUAAGAAUAAGAUGAAAAAUCGUUCUCCGACAAUGGUGUCAAUAGGUACGCAAACGGAGGAGGACUUUUACUGUUACAACAGACCACCAACACCACCACCAGGGUUUUAUCCCCUGCACGUCAGUGGUUUAUAUCAACCAUCGUCACGGAGACCUGUUGCCUUCUCACCUAGUGCUGAAAUGGGAUUAACAGACAUCGAGAUGUCACACAAUUUGGACUUUGACGAUCCCUACUUUGAUGACCGGCCAUACGAAAUGGAAUACGAGGUUUUGAUACUGAUGCAGAUAUGUUGUAAUGAGGAGACUGGUCUGACCUUGUGUUACGGGUCUCUGGAGGAUGAGGUCACAGAUAUAUUCAUCAGUGAGAUUGAUCCAAACAGUAUAGCUGCCAAAGAUGCUCGAAUACGAGAAGGGGACCAAAUCUUGCAGAUCAACGGUGUGGAUGUUCACAAUCGUGACCAAGCCAUUAAACUUUUCUCUGACCAAGGAGCGGACAUUACCCUGCUCGUGGCCCGGCCUCAGCUACAGUGUGAUGAUGGAUUCAUGGAUGAACACAAUAUGGUUUUGGAUGAUCUUCACAUGGAUUUACUGGAAAAACAUCACCAUGACAACAUGGCUUACAUGGCCCAUAUGCUGGCAAGGCGCCACCUAGAUGAAGAAGGGGGAACAACUGAUACUGCUACAACUGAGAACUCAAACAAACAUGAGAAAGACAGUGGUGUUGGGCGAACUGAUGAAAGUACAAAAAAUGAUGAAAGUUCUGAACAGGAGACGUUUGACAUUGAGUGCCUGACUCCACCAACGCACAUGAAGUUUCCUCCUUCGUGUAAUCUGAAUCGGGAAGGACUCCAUCACAGCAAUGAGAGUGUCACGUCAAAUGAUCCUGAGCUCAUGAGCAAUGACAUUUCUGCAGAGGCUUGUGAUCAGUUCCGCCAGGUGCUUCAACACCGUUGUGUCAAAGGUGAAAGAUCACCGAAGAAGGACGGCAAACGUAAGGACUCUGGUAGCAGCAUCGAGAGAGAGCUGCAUCUCCUCAAUCGAGAAAUGGAGGAGAUAAACUUAGAGUGUCAAGAAAUUGUGGACUCGCAUAUUAAAGAUCAGAUGAAACUGGAACACCAUAGAGACAUCUUCAAAAUAGAGCCACAAAAAAGUCCACGAAUUGUGCCCCGAAUGGGAACAAGACUGGAGUAUCUUAAACAUGUGCAAUCCCUUGAUCCCGCGGAGCUCCUCAUCAGGAGAAGUGCGCCCUCUAUGAAGAUGGGCCAGCAGAAUGUGAAGAGCUCUGAGCGGGAGAAAGAUACAUCAACUACGAGUGCGUACAACACUGGUGAAAGCUGUCGAAGCACACCCCUGACACUAGAGCUCAACCAGGCUAGUGAUGAAGGGGAAAGAGGCUUCAAGAAUUCAAUGUUGUGUUUAGCCCCCGGUCCUGCUAUCCCCUCGUCCAGUGACACCGAGAAACAGACUCAAACCCCAACCAAGUCACGGGAUUACUCUAGUGAUGACAGUGGUCAUGGCUACAAAGGCAUCGUGCCUGUGCCCGUGGCGCCACAGACCAAUGGAAAUAGUGGUGGACUCAAAGACCAUAUCCAUAUGGGAGAAUCUCUUCAGGAUUUGUACAUUCAAUAUGCUGAUGUCAUGUACACAAAUCGUGCAAAUCUAGAACAUACAAUUGCAAUUCAACAGAAACUGUUUCAGCAGCAGAUGGACCAGAAACAUCGCACUCGCUCCCUAUCAAAGCCGUCUAGUGUCAGUAAGUCGGUUGAAGGCGAGUCCGCCAAGUCUGGUCAGGGUAAAGAUGCCACCCAAUCAGAAAGUGGUGCUAUGGAGUGGGUUGUCAAACGCCGGCCUGAUGGCACGCGUUACAUCACCAGACGACCCGUACGAAACAAAAUCCUGAAAGAACGAGCAAAGAAAAUCUCUGAAGAGCGCUGUGGGAUGACCACAGAUGAUGAUGCCAUGAGCGAGAUGAAAACAGGAAGGUACUGGACGAAGGAGGAGAGGAAACGCCACUUGGAAAAGGCAAAGGAUUACAAGAAGAAGAAAGAGUUAAUGAUCAAAGCAAGAAUGGAAACUCUGAAGGAAGCAGAGGAGAAGAAGGAGGCGAAUAUUGUUGAACUGAGUCAUCGCAAGAUGAACAAACACAAGGGCAAGAAGGUCCUGGACAACUUUGUGACUGUGCAGGAGAUGCUUGCCCACGGUAGUCGGGUACCAGACGGAAAGACUUACAACCCGCUACUGUCCGUCACUACCGUAUGAUGUAGACUGAGUGUCUGUCUGUGUGUCCCAUACUGGCUGUGUAACCCAUAGUGGUGAGAUGGAGAAACCAUUAUCAUGUAACUUAUUAUAUGCAGGAAUAUUGUCAGUGGCGAGCAUUGGAAACUGACUGUAUGUGAUGGCUUGACAUUUUGUGGACUGGAGCCAUUUGUAUGUUCAUACUGUGAAAAUUGUGAGACGUUUGAGGAACUUUUUCAAUAUGAUGUCCAAACAGUGCUUUAAGUCUUUGAUAAUUGAACUUGUGAAUUUGGUUAGAAGUCUAAAACACACCAAAGAAAUAUUGAUGUAUUGUAUGUUUGUCAUUGGGUGUUCGAGAUAAUAUCUCCAAAAAUUGAAAUCAUGCAUGAAAUGUACUGUAUGCUAAUUAAGGAGAAAUUUGUAGCUUCAGUUUUCAGGGAACAAAUCCAAAUAUAAGACCAGUAUGUAAGAAUCAAUAAUUUUAAAUGCAUGAUGUAUGCUAUGUACCUAGCAACAAUCAGUCAUGUUCGUAAUAACAUCUCACACUGAAAUCAUAUUCAUUCGGUAACAGUUUUCAUAAGUCAUAUAUACAGUUAAUUGUGAAGCAGAGAGACAAUUCCAAAUUCUUGUAAAUGAAUUUGGUCCCGCAAAAUUGAACCCAAAUAUGGAAAAUGUUAAAUUGCUGUGCAAUAUGAGGAAAUGCUAGAGUUUGAAUCUUGUAAUACAUGAUUUCUUAAUUUGACAAUGGGAAUGAAAUAUGAAGAUUAAUUAUGUAGCCAUGACAUUCAAACCUUGUGUUUAAUAACCUGUAUGUAUUGCCUGAUGUACAAUAAGAUAAAACGAUUUAAACAUAGUGUAAAUUGUGCCCUUGUGGGGCUAGAGAGCCUAAUUUAUUCAUGUACAGUGUAUACCUCCUCAAUUAUACUUGUGUUAUUGUAUGGCUAACGCGCGUUGUACUGAAGUUGUAUAUUUGUACAUUUUGUAUGAUUUUGUCUGCCGAUCUAGAUUUGCAUAGCGAUGAAGAUGAAAUAUACUUUUUGAAGAGGUUUUCCCCAGUUAGGUGAUGAGUUACAAUAAUAUACAAGUUGGUAUUGUGCACAUCAUUCGAGACGAGAGGGUCAGUAUACUGUACUCAACCCAGUAAGUGUCUAGGAUCUAAUCAAAAGUCUGUCAUGAAGGAUAUCAGUGGAGCUUAAUAAAUCAUGUGCAGUACAGUUGUGUACAUUGACAUUGUAAUUAUUUCAUUGGAAUUUGCUGUUAUUAACACAGUGAAUGGUGACAGAAUAUAGUUGACAUUUGAGACUAUUCACAAAGGGGUGGAGCACAUUUUGGGUUGAAUACGGCAGUUCACAAUCAAAGCAUAACUGCACACGAUGUGCCUAGUAUAGAUCACUGCAGAAAUAUACAGCAAAUAAAGGCAUUUACCCUUGCCUUGUCGCAUGUUGGGUUUUGUACAUGCAGUAUGAAAGCUGUGAGAUUGUGAUGUAGUAUUUUCCAUACAACUACUGUCAGUGAAUACAGACUUCUACUGAAAAUGUGCAAUUUUUGUUACUACACAAGCCUGUAUUGUUUUUCUGUUGAUGUGAGAAUAUCAGAAGCAAUUCAUUGGUUUUGACAUCCAAGUGCAUCCAAGCCUAAAUUCUUCCCCAGGACAAACACUGUCCGAUUGUCCACAGCAUAUUCUAUAUGAUCAUCCUAAAUGUACCGCAUCUGCAUUCAACUCAUGCCUUUCCUUAAGUGCUAAAAGCUGUCUUGUAGUAAACGUCAUCUUUUCAAGUUUGUUGCACUCCAUGAAACCAGAGAAUUGUUUACUGUCUAGUGUUUGAGAAAUUUAUUCAAAAGCUCUAUCCAUGGUCCAGGGCUGUGUGAUAUUGACAUUGCUUCCUGACCAUGUAUUUGAUAUAGACUCACUGUUACACAAUGUGGAUUCCUGAGACUGUUUUCAAGGUGGUUAUUUCUGAAAUGAUUUCCAAAUGUGACAACCUUGGCUGCACACUGUAGCCUUGCCCGACUACAUGAGGCUGUUGUGUUAAAGAGUUUUUCAGUAUUACAAUUUCAAACAGAUGAUGGAAGAAUGCCUCCACUGCACCAGGUUGUCACAUUCAGAAAUCCGUCAGACAAGUGCAAUGCAUCGUUUAUUUAACAGGGACACAAAGCUCCGUUUAAGCUGAGUCAGCUUUUAUCUGGAUAACUAGUUAUGGGUAGUUAUCAGUUCAUAUAAAGGAUGUUGUACAAAUUUUUGAAGGUUGAAAUUUUUAUAUAUAAAUAUAUAUAUAUUAUGUUGCUACUGGGUAGUGUUAAUAUAAGCUUUUUGUGGUCAUUGUGCUCUGUAUCCCUGUUACCUUGGUAACCACAACAACCUCAUUACCUUAUAUGGACAAUCAACACCUCUGUCAGUCACGCAGACUUGGUAUGUAUUUUCAAUCAAUGUAUUCAUCUCAUUUUAUAGUAAAUUCAUUUUUCAAAUUUUUAUUAUUAUUUUUUCUAGUUCCAAAUUAUUUUGUUUUUAGACAUCAUUUGUAAGGCAUUGAUUUUCUCUUCUUUUUUCAUAAAAAAUAGUUAACUGAUUUUCGGGUUACAAUCCCACACUGAUGAGACUGGGCUGUAUAAUGAGAUGCAAUGCACAUACCAAGUUUGAAAGGAAUCAUUUGUGUAUCUACCUUGUAAGCUCUGCCUUCACUGGUGCAAGCUGUAUGAUAAUCAGAUUCAAUAUAGUAGCAUCCAUGAAUGUUCAACAUUUCUUUCUGUGAGUGAUAAAAAAGGAGACUUGAAUAAAUUAUUGUUUUGUAUUUAA